AUGGUGCUCCGAGCGUGGGUAACAGGACCGAGAGGUCUUAGAAGUGGGCUAGCCGCGCCCUUGCGUGGAAUAUGUGUGGCUGUCCGAUGGUGCAGCACGAAUUCUUCUUCCGAUGCUGCAGGACGGCAGCCGGAGAUGACGGUGAACGACUUGCAUCGGCAGCCAGACAUGCUGUCGGGGUUUGACCCUAGCCUGAUACGCAACUUCAGCAUCAUCGCGCACAUCGAUCACGGCAAGAGCACCCUGGCCGACACCCUUUUGGUCCGGACGGGAACCAUCAGCGCGAAGGACAGCCGGGGUAGUCCCCAGAUGCUCGACACGCUCAAGGUUGAGCGGGACAGGGGGAUCACGGUCAAGGCUCAGACGGCGAGCAUGUUACACGACGGGCACCUCUUGAACCUCAUCGACACGCCCGGCCACGUGGACUUCAGCUAUGAGGUGGUGCGGAGCCUCUCAGCGUGCCAGGGGGCCCUGCUGCUCGUAGACGCCACCCAGGGGGUGCAGGCACAGACGCUUUCCACAGCGAAGGCGGCGCAGGCGGCGGGGCUCAAGCUCGUGCCCGUGGUGACCAAGAUAGACCUGCACCACGCCAACGUCGAGGACGCAAUACUGUCGGUCGCGACCACUUUCGAUCUGGAUCCGGAUGACGUCAUUCCCACUUCGGCCAAGACUGGCGAGGGCGUUGAUGAGGUGUUGGGAGCGAUCAUUGAAAGGGUACCCCCGCCGCCCCGAGUGGUGGAUCCCGCUGCUCCUCUGAGGGCACGGUUGGUGGACUCUUGGUAUGAUACUGUCCGAGGCGUUGUGUGCUUGGUAGAAGUCGUGGAUGGCUGCCUGGUGGAGCAAGAUCGAGUUGUUCCGUUCCAUCUCAAGUAUGGUUCCGGUUCCGCCUCCGGUUCCGGUUCGGACGCGGCGGGCGGCGGGUCUCCUGCCCCAUCGACGAGCUCGGAGACGUUCUCGGUGCAGGAGGUGGGCCUCCUGACGCCGGCACCGACGAGGACGGGGGCUCUGUACCCGGGGCAAGUUGGCUACAUCAUCGCGGGAAUGCGCUCCACCCGACAGGCGACCAUGGGAGACACCAUAAUCAAGGCGGGGGUCUCUCCGCCACCCUCCCCUCUCCUCAUCAUCGAGCCGUCCAAGAGCAUGCUCUUCGCGAGCGUGUAUCCUCUUGACGACGGAGACUUCGACUCUUUGCUGAGAGCGGUGGAACGGCUGGCCCUCAACGACGCGGCGAUCGAGUGGGAGAGGGAGCAGAGCCCGGCGCUGGGCAUGGGCCUGAGGAUGGGCUUUCUUGGCGUCUUGCACAUGGAGGUGUUUCACCAGCGUCUUGUCGACGAGUUCGACACGCCGGUGCUCCUCACCACUCCGACGGUUCCCUACCAGAUUCAGCCAUCUGGAGGGCGAGAUCCCGUCACUGUGAUCAACCUUUCCGAUUGGCCCGAUCCUUCGAAGAAGGACGGCUUGAAAUUCAAGGUCCUGGAGCCCGUGGUGGACGCGACCAUCAUUACCCCGACGGAAUGCCUGGGGGCAAUGCUUACCUUGCUCAAGAACAGGAGAGGGCGUCAGACUUCGAUAAAGUACCUGGAUGGUGAACGGGUCUUGCUGGAGUACAAGCUACCGUGGCAGGAAGUCGUGAGUGAUCUCCACGACCAGGCCAAGACGGUUUCGUCAGGGUACGCGAGCUUCGACUACAGCGCCGCCGAGCCCGAGGCUGCGGACCUGGUGAAGGUGGACAUCUCCAUCAACGGGGAUUCGGUGGACGCUCUGAGCUUCGUCUGCCACCGCGACGCCGCGCAGAGGAAGGGAAGGGACGUGGCGAGGCGCCUGAAAGAGGUGAUCGACCGCCAGCAGUUCGAGGUGGUUGUGCACGCGAAGAUGGGGGCGAGGCCCUUCGCCAAGGAGAGAAUACCCCCCUACCGGAAAGACGUGCUGAUGAAGUCGGGGAAGUUAGUCGGGGGGGGAGACUCUAGCCGCAAGAAGAAGCUGCUAGACAAGCAGAAGAAGGGGAAGGCCAGAGCCAAAACCGUGGGGCGCGUGCAGCUAAGCCAGGAGGCGUUCUGGGCCGUGCUCUCCGGCGGCAGCGGCGCCGGCGGCGCUGGUGGAGGUGGGGGCCGAUAG